AUGGAGGUCGAAAGAGGGUUGCUGUGUGGUUUGGUUGUGAGCUGAGUUUGCAAUCGGCUUCGGUAACCAGCUCGGGAGAAGAGUGGGAGUGGAGUUGUCUGGAGUGUCUUCUCGUAGACGCUAGCUAAGCUUUGUUGAUGAGCUCUGCAGUGAUUAGAGCUUCAGGAGAUGCUCUCUCUAAGUGUCACAAUCACUGUUUGGGUUGGAUAGUUCGCAGCACAAUUGUGGAAAUUCUUACAGUAUGGAUUUCUUGUGAAAUCUAAACAGCGGGGAGAGAGAGGUGCACGUUAAACGAAAUGGAUACGACACUGGUUUUGCACGGGUUGGAGAUUGUAGCUUUUAUUUGUGUUUCCUUGACUCUCAUUAUGCAACUGUGGUCUAGAAACAACGAGCAGGCAAAAAUUAACAAACGAUUGCCUGGGGGCUCGUUCGGUUUGCCCCUUCUCGGAGAGACGCUGAAGUACAUGGCUAGCAUGAAGACAUCUAUGCCCACAUUCAUGGCGGAGCAUCGGCAGAAGUACGGCGAGAUGUUCAAGUCGAAACUGAUGGGCGCCUUUUGCAUUGUCACGACGAAAUCAGACACGAUCAAGUGGGUGUUGGCCCACGAAGGCAAGCAGUUCGUGACCGGGUAUCCGAAAUCCUUCCGUAAGGUGUUGGGAGAGUACACCGCACUGAGCCUCCACGGCGAGCAGUGGAAGAGUACUCGGAGGUUCCUGGUGAACAGCCUCCGUGUCGAGCUCCUGAAGGAGCGCAUUCCGAUGAUUGAGCAAACAGUGUUGGAGAAUCUGAACUCGUGGGCGAUCAAAGGGUGUGUGAGCAUUCGAGAGGAGACGAAGACACUGGCCUUCAAUGUUGUAGCGCAGUACCUGCUCGGAUCAAGGCUGAAAUCGGGGCCCGUGAACGAUUCCCUACGAAACGACUUCUAUGUGUUGACGGAGGGCCUCUUCGCAUUGCCAAUCAAUUUUCCCGGGACUAACUUCAGGAAUGCUCUUGAGGCGCGCGCGCGCAUCUUGAAAACACUGGAGGAAGACAUCGUCAGCAAGCCGCGACCAGCUGGAGAUGAAGAUCAGUACGUCGAUUACAUGGACUACAUGCGGAAAGAGAAUUUGCCGGGAACUACGGAUGAGUUGCUGCGCGAGAAGACAAGGUGUCACAUCCUUGGGCUUCUGUUUGCUGGUCAUGAGACAGCCGCAAGCGCGAUGCUCUUUGCCGUAAAAUAUAUCAUGGAUAAUCCCCGCGUCUGGAAUGAGCUUCGUGCAGAACAUGACAACAUUCAAGUGUCGAAAUUCGAAGGGGGCAACCUGACUUGGGACGAUUACAAGAACAUGCGGUUCUCGCAAUCAGUCAUUACGGAGACGCUGAGGCUUGCAAAUCCCGUCGCGCUGCUGUGGCGUGAAGCGACCGAAGACGUGCAAUUGAACGGGUCUCUAAUACCGAAGGGAUGGAAGACGGUUUGCGCAAUCCGAGAAGCGCACCACGAUCCUGAGUUCUUCGACCAUCCACAUGAAUUCAAUCCGUGGCGCCAUCAGCAUGAAGUGCUGAAUCCAGCUAAGAAACCGCCACUGUUAGCAUUCGGAGGGGGCCCUCGGUAUUGUCCCGGAGCUGAGCUAGCCCGUGCUGAACUCUGCAUUUUUCUGCAUCACCUUGUGACGAAGUUCGACUUGAAGGCCUGCGAGACGGAAAUUGUGUCCUUUUUCCCAGUCCCUAUGUUCAGCAAUGGACUUCAAGUGCGAGUGCAGGAGCGCGACCCUGCAACGAAAUGCUCCCAAAAAAUCAUGGCUUAUUAAGUCGCCUUCACUUCAUCCGCAGUGUUGUGAUCCGUGGAUUAUCUUUUGUUGUACAGACCAUUACUAGACAACUGCCGCAAGGCAUGAAGAAAAUCUGAAACAAGGUCAGUAGCAGAAACUCAGAAAAGAUAAUUUAUUCAAGCAUAGAGUGUAACAAUACCAAUACCCAGGAAAUUGUUCCGGACAUUCCUUUUUGAGGCAGACACAGACAAAUAGACGGACAAAUCAGACACGAAUAUGAAGACCUCAGACCAGCCUAUAAAGCCAACAUCACCAUUCGCAGGUUCUGAAGAGCAAUUUCAAACACAUGGGGGGGACAGUAAUAGUUAGAGCGAUAGGAUGUGGGUUCAAAGGUCACGGUUCGGAGAGUUUUGGUGCACUGGUGUAGUUGAGAUUGGGACCUAAUCGUCAAAUGGCCUUUGCUCACGGCCAAGCGCUUGCAACGAGUCUGACAUGUAUGAUACACUCUUGAAUGAAACAAAGACAAUUCAUGAAGUUGUUUAUCCUC